AUGCUGCACGUUGACUCGGCUUCUUCCUCAACUGCAUCCGCUGUCUCUCAAAAAAACGAAACCUCGUCGAGUGUGUCAUCAGACUCCAUCGCGAUUACUUCGGCCACGGCAUUAUGCUCCCAGCUAACAGGCGUCGCGCUCCCGCAAAUGUUACUCGCGACGGCCCGCGUCACCGUCGGUGCACCGUCGGGUCGGACUCUCACCGUGCGAGCGCUUCUCGAUCAAGGCUCGGAGAUCACCUUCAUCACGGAGCGUCUCGCACAAACUCUCAGAAUGCGUCGCAUUCGCCAACCGCUCUCGAUUUCCGCCGUCGGCGGAAUGAACGCCGGAACUUGUCAAUUCGCCGCUAAGAUUCGGAUCGCUCCGAUCAAUCAAGCUGCUCCCGUGUUCACGACAACCGCGUCGAUUCUCAGAUCUCUCACAAAAUAUUCGCCUUACAAGGCGAAUUCCAACUAUGAUUGGAGCUAUCUAAGCGAUCUCAAUCUGGCCGAUCCGAAUCCAACAAGCGCUGACCCGAUCGAAAUCCUGAUCGGAGCAGACUUAUAUGGCGAAUUGCUGCUUAGCGGCGUUCGUAAAGGCGCCCCUGGGCAGCCAAUUGCGCAGCAAACCAUUUUCGGCUGGGUUUUGUCGGGGCCCAUGUCCGAGCUGUCGACGCAAUCGCGAGCGAUCACCGUUCAGCAUUGCGCGAAUUCGGAGGCUCUAGAUCAGGAGCUCAGACGAUUCUGGGAAAUCGAAGAAACUCCUCGACAGGCUCUCCUCAGCCCUGAAGAGCAGCAAUGUGAGGAGCAUUUCACAGCCACGCAUUCGCGCGGUGCUGACGGUCGAUACACAGUGCGCCUUCCGUUUAAGAACGGUCCGCCGAUCGACAUCGGCGAUUCGCGCCACACGGCUGAACGCUUCCUGCGAGGAUUGCAUCGUCGCUUCCUUCUACAUUCCGACCUUCGUGCGGCCUACGCCGAAUUUAUGCACGACUACGAAUCAUUAGGACAUAUGAACGAAGUGAAGAGCGAUCAAGUUGCCUCGCAGGAAGUGUAUCUCCCUCAUCAUCCUGUCAUUCGCGACAGCAGCGUUACGACAAGAUUGCGAGUCGUAUUUAACGCGUCGAGUCUGACGACCAAUUCAACGUCGUUGAAUAAUCACUUGCUCACCGGGCCAAAGUUACAAGCGGACUUAUCGGCUGUCAUUCUGCGCUGGCGACAGUUCCGCUACGUUUAUGCUGCCGAUAUAACAAAAAUGUAUCGCCAAUAG